GACCCGUUUUUUACGAUUCUACGCCGCACCAGCGGCAGAAAACUGAUGCUAGGUUAGCUUUGCAUGUGUUCAGGACUGGCUAUUACUGGACAAACUCGUCCUUCGCGUUGGUUUUUUACAUUCUUUACCCUUUUUACUGUAUCUGUCAUAAAUAAGCGUUUUCUAGUCUCGUGAAGGAUACAGCAGCUAACAGUUGGAUCGUUUUUACAGCGUAUGCAAAAACUAGCCCUUGUUUAUAUCUAAUUUUCGCGACUACUUCGCGUUUGAUAAUUAUUGUCUUUUUACAGACUCCUUUUUGUUAUUUUUAGUACCUUUUCUUCUUAAUACUUGAGAUGUGGUUCUCAAUGUUCUCACGGAGACCAGCUUUGACGCCAGGCUCCGUUUUAAUGGUGCUAAAAUUUGUCGUAUUCAUUUUCAUACUCGGAUCCGUUGCAUAUCAUUUGUUUCCUCUCUUCUACGGAAUUACCGACCGCAUACAUCGGCGAGCAGAUGACACAUUCGUUCUUAUGGCCGUCGCAGACCCCCAAAUCGAAGGCAAUCACAAGGUAGAGAGCCAUAACUUUAUUAAGGGAAAGUUCGACUUGUGGGGGAACGACCAGUUUCUGCGGCAUUUGGUUUCAACAUGCAAGUUCUGGGGCAAGCCUGAUGCAGUCGUUACACUCGGCGACCUGGUGAGCUUCCAGUAUCUGGACGACAAGGAGGCGGCUGAUCGGAGUCGGCGUCUUCAACGCAUCUUUGGUAUUGACAACGAGUCCAUGCACUCUCCCGACCACAAGCCACCCCUGCUAAGCAUUGCAGGCAACCAUGACAUUGGUUAUGGUCGAGAGUUGCAUCCUAGGAAGCUAGAGCAGUGGGAGAAGUUUUACGGCCCACUCAAUUGGGUUUGGCAUGGCCGCACACGAGCAGGUACGAAGUUUCGCAUCCUCGGUCUCAACAGCCAGGCACUGGACGAUGUUGCAUGGGACGAGGUGAUGGAGGGAACCGAGUCUGUUGACACCGGUGACGAUCCGUUGCACUCGACAACCAACACACUCAACACAGCCGUGCUCUCGUUCCAGCCGCUUUCUGACGCUGCACGAGAAACCUGGGACUUUGUUUUGCGUGCAGCAACUACCGAUACCGAUGUUGCCACGAUCCUCGUCACUCACAUUCCCCUGUACAAACCGGACGGGGUGUGUGUUGAUGCACCGCUCGUACAAAGAGACUUCAACGGUCGCAUUGUGACGCAGAAUCAUCUUUCCCAGACCACCACGCGCCAUCUACUACGUCUGUUUCCCAAUUUGAUGACUGUAUUGUCCGGCCACGAUCACUGUGGGUGCGAAUACAAGCAUGUCAACGACCAGGGCGUCGUCAUUCCUGAACACACCCUUCCAAGUGUUAUGGGAUACUUUGGUGGCAACAUCGGUUUCCUUCGUUUGUCGUCUGAGUUUGUUCAUAACGACCAGCACAGGGUGCCUCAGACUCGCCUCGACCUUGUGACCGCUGGUCCUUCGCACCUGUGGUGGGCCCUGAUCUUCGGGACCACUAUGAUGCUCAGGGCAUGCGUCCUGGGGAAGCUUGUUGAAUUCUUUGUCAAUUUCCGCCGCCGCUUUCGCCCAGAAACCGAAACAGAGAAGGACCUGCACUGAGAGUGCACUGCAACGAUCAAUGAAACCUCGUUAUUUAUUUUACCGCGAACCACAACAGAUUGCGUUAUACUUGCUUACGCGGAUGACGCAAGCUUUCGCUAAUUGCUUUUUCCGCAGUGCUGCGGGCUAUGAAUCUCUCCAUUCGGACACGGGAAGAGUUGGCUGGUACUGACUUCUUUGAGUUUAUUGUUACACGUCAUAGCUCGGCACGAUCGGCGUCUACCAGCUGCUCCUCACUGGGGUAAUCGCGACUUACUAUAAGAGGCCCCUGUUCCUCCCGUCGCAAACCCCAACCUUCUUUCGCGUCUGUAAUCUCGAGCUGUGCGCGUCUCAAUACAAGACACUUUACGUGGACAAAUUUUAUCAUUGAAGCUCUUUAAAGAGUUGCUGGGAUUUUUUAUUUUUAAAAAA